AUGGCCCGGAGACGCAGCACGACCAGCAUCUCAGCAACGCGGCCCGUCUUCCCGAGUUUCUUGCUGCCGAGCUUCAACUUCGGCUUUCGUCGCCGACCAUCAGCACACGCUUCGUCGCCGACAGCUUCAUCAAGUCCAGAUGCACAAGGCCCGCCCGCCGCCUCCUCGACAUUGACCACGGCCUCCCCCAGCAGCCCACCAGCCGCAUCUGGGCCCGUCGCCAAACACCACGCGCCAACAUCGGAACGUUUCUUCCUCUCUCGCAGCGCCCCAGAUACCCUUCGCUGCAUGACCUGCUCGACGGAUCUGGCUCUCGCAUCGCAAAUCAUCUCAAAAGGCUUCACCGGUCGCUAUGGCCGCGCCUUCCUGGUCGCGCCGCCACCUCCUCCGGCUGACAACACGACACUCCUGAACAUUCGCAUUGGAAGGAGUGAGGACAGGCAGCUUGUUACGGGCUGGCAUGCGGUUGCGGAUAUUUGCUGCGCGACAUGUUCACGAAAGUUGGGGUGGAAGUAUGUCGAUGCCAAGGAGCAGUCGCAAAAAUACAAGGUGGGAAAAUACAUACUCGAGACGGAACGCGUCAUGUCGCACCGCAGCUGGGAGGAUUGUCAUGUUCAGGAUCUAGGGUUAAUGGAGCAGCAAGCUUGCAAGGCUGAAGGGCGAAGCGGCGACGACAUCGUCUUUGACUCGGAUGAUGAGGAGGAGUGCGAGGACAUAUUCGCGGGCACCUGGGACGCUGCUACGGUAGCCAAGAGGAGAAGCGAGUCGAUUGCGAGACAGCUUUCGGUCAUGGAGUAA